AAUCCACAGUGUCUCCCGUUGUUUACGCAAAGCUUGCGGGUGAUUUAAUUUUCUACAGUGUUGCGUGACAAGUAUUACUUAGAGAUUAGAAACAAUCGGAUCUCUCCGGAGAACGUGAUAAUUGAGCGGAGUAUCGAUUUGCUAUUGUUCGACAAAGAUAGAUAGAUAAGCGCUAUGCAUAAAAACGGACCACCACCACCUUAUGAACCGCCUCCAUAUGCACCGCCCUCUUAUUCCCAGAAUGUAGGAGUAGGAGUUCCUCCUGCCAGUCCAUUUACACCAGCGCAAGCUUAUGCAAAUGGACCGACUAUAGUAACGACUAUUGUUCCGGUUGGGCCGCACUCAACCCACACGAUUUGCCCACAUUGCCAUGCUGAAAUAGAUACAACGACAAAGACAGAACCUGGCAUGAUUGCUUAUAUCUCAGGAAUCAUAAUAGCGCUGUUGGGAUGUUGGUUCGGUUGCUGUUUGAUUCCUUGUUGCAUCGAUGAAUGCAUGGAUGUUCAUCACACUUGCCCAAAUUGUAAAGCGUAUCUGGGACGUCAUAGAAGAUAAGCAAAUGGAUUGCAUUAGCAUCCACAAAUUGCAUUUGAAUGUUGAAAUCUUUACAACACUUGAUCACAAUUCCAACAGAUAUAUUAAGCUUGAUAUUGAAUCUUUAUUUUUGCAAUAACUCUUUGAGUAAGAAAGUACCACACAGGAUGUAGCUUUAUAUAUUAAUCAGCUAUAUAUUUAUAGGAAAGAAUGCACAGUAUUUAAGUAAUUAUAUAUAUUCUAUACAGUUUAAUAUUUACGAGAUAAUUUUAUUGCAAUUUACAAUUUUAUAUAAUCUCUUGCACAUUUAUGUAAAAAUAUUACGCUUUUGCAUAUAGUUGAUGGAAUUAUUGCGCGUAAAAUUUUCAGUAACAAGAAGCAUGCCAUUUCAAAACAAAUUUGUGUCAUGAGAAGAAAACGUAGUAUCAAUGUGUGCUUCCAUAUUAAGAGAAAUUUAUAUCUUUAAUUUGCUUCCAUUAAUAACAUAAAUAAACACCAAAGACUAUAUCUGUGUGGCAUUGAUUUUUAAAGAUUUAUAUUGACUAUGAUUUAUAUUUUGAGCUUAGACAUUUUCUGAAGCAUAAUAAUUUGUUGCAUAAUAUUAAGAAUGCCAUGAAAUAGUAGACAGCAGUACACGCAGCUCUUUCUUUACUCAAGUCAUUCUACAGAGUAAUUAAUGACAUCUAUUUAUCGUGAAAAUGCCGAUAAUCAAGCUUAUAUUAAUGUAGAUAACUUAUGAUAUUUUUAUUCGUUAAUGGAGAUAGAUGGCAGCCAAUAUAUUAUGCAUGUGCUUAAAAAUUUAGAAAACUUACUACACUUGUUUAAAAAGAUAUAUAUAAUUAAUAUUUAUAUAUCAUUUUUUAUGUUAUGAAAGUAAUUGAAAAAAUUAAUAUAUAAUUAAAUAUUUUAGAGCACAUAAUAAAUUUGAAAUACCAUUUAUUGAAAAACUGAACUUGAUAUUGUUUUGAAGAAUUUAUACGAGCUUUUUUUAUAAGAUUCGGUAUUUCGGUAUUUGUCAAACUUCUUUUCUUAACAUGUUCAAUCUUUACAUCUUUUAUAUUAUUGAUUUUCCUGAGUUCCAACAGGAUUCGGUAUUUCGGUAUUUGUCAAACUUCUUUUGUCAACAUGUUCAAUCUUUACAUCAGUAAUUUUCCUGAGUUCCAAUAGGAUACGAGCUUUUUUAUAAUAAAAAAUAAAAAUAGCGCUUAGCACGUCAAGUAAAUGUGAAUGUGCUAUGCGUAUUUUCGUACGCAAUGCGUGAGUUGAAUCGAAAUUGCAACGAGACUCUCCAAAUCUCAUGUGCUCUUAUAUUACAAGAUAUUCUAUUUUGUUAACCAUGUAAAAAAAAUUUGUGGCUAAUAAAACAAAUAUUAAAAUAUAAGAAACAAAAGCACAUAACUCUUAAUAAAAAA